UUCAGGAUGAAAGCCAGUGAAAUGGCCUCUGUUUUGAGCAGUGCCUCGUAUCACUCAAGCAGAGCUCAGUAAACACUGGUUUGAGCUGGAUGCUGCUGCAGCAGGGAUGAUCAUGUCCCAUAUGAACGGUUAUGUGCAAGAGGCCUCUGGUCAGGCCAAGAGCCACAGGGAAAGGGCAGUGGACUGUCCAGGAGAGGAAAGUAGCCUUGUUAAAUCUCCACACUCCAGUGCCCACAUGGAGAGGAUUCAGCACUACCAGGAGGAGCUUAAGAAGAGGAGAGAGGAGGACAGCAGGGGGAAGCACGACAUAGACCCCAAUGCUUCACUGAGGCUCAAGAAGCUGUCACAGAACCCCAAGAUGGGCAUUGACAAUCCUACCUUCGAGGGGAAGGAAAAGGCCACCAAAGACACAUGCUCCCGGGAGGCUGUAGUCAGUGAGUUGAAAGAACUGGCGGACCUGCUGCAGGCUCUGAAGUGGGCGCAGCACUGCCUGACUGAUGCGCAGAGCCAGCAGGAUGCAGAGCUGAUAAUGCAGCUCCUUGCCAAGGAGGACUUCAGGAAUGCCUACACCAUCUACAGUGCUGUAUCCCAGCAGAUGACCAAAGUCAGUCCCACCUCACCCCUCACAGCACAAGCAGAGGAUCUCUGCCAGGAGGUCCAAAAGAUUCUCCAGUCCAGCCAACAGAUGGAGGGUUUGGAGCUCAAGGCUCUGCUCACCAAUCCUCAUCUCCAGGCACUGAUGCAGGCCCAUGACAGUGUGGCAGGGCAGGAAAUGUCAGAGGAAGAUGUGGUCGAGUACCAUGGAGAGACAGUUAAACUGGUGCGGCUGGAGAAGUCCCGCGACACUCCACUGGGUGCGACAGUACGUAACGACAUGGACAGUGUGGUGGUGAGUCGUGUGGUGAAAGGUGGAGCAGCAGAGAGGAGUGGCCUUCUCAGUGAGGGAGAUGAGAUCCUGGAAAUUAACGGGAUUUCUAUCCGUGGGAAACAUGUCAAUGAAGUCCACGACUUACUGCAACAAAUGCAAGGCACUCUGACCUUCCUCCUCAUCCCGAGCUCUCAGAUUAAACCUGCCCCACACAGACAGACUGUAAUGCACGUACGAGCUUACUUUGACUACGACCCCUCCGAUGACCCCUUCCUGCCGUGUCGGGAGCUGGGCCUAUCCUUCCAGAAGGGGGACAUCCUCCAUGUCAUCAGCCAGGACGACCCCAGCUGGUGGCAGGCCUACAGGGACGGAGAUGAGGACAACCAGCCUCUGGCUGGACUCAUUCCGGGGAAAAGCUUCCAGCAACAGAGAGAGACCUUGAAGAAAACUAUAACAGACAGGAGUCGAGAGCAUCAAGGGAAGCUUUGGUAUGCAAAGAAAAACAUAAAAAAGAGGAAGAAGAGCAUGUCUACCUUGAGCAGAAAUACUGACUACGACGACAUCCUGACCUAUGAGGAGAUGUCGCUUUAUCACCAGCCUGCUAAUCGUAAACGCCCCAUCGCUCUGAUUGGUCCUACAAACAGCGGUCACGAUGAGCUGCGUCGGAGACUUCUGUCCAUCGAACCGGAAAAGUUUGCUGUUGCUGUUCCACACACAACUAGAAACUCAAGGAUACAUGAGCGGAAUGGGCGCGAGUACCAUUUUGUGAGUCGGCCUGCCUUUGAAACCGACUUAGCGGCAGAGAAGUUCAUUGAGUCGGGGGAAUAUGAGAAGAACUUGUACGGGACCAGCACUGACUCAGUUCGACACAUCAUCAACUCUGGACGCAUCUGUUUGCUCUGCCUCCACACCAGGUCACUGCAGAUAUUGAGGUCCUCCAACCUAAAGCCCUAUGUCAUCUUUAUCGCGCCUCCUUCUCAGGAACGACUACGCACCCUGCUGGCCACAGAGGGGAAGACACCAAAGCCUGAAGAGCUAAAGGAGGUUAUUGAAAAGGCCCGCGAGAUGGAGCAAAAUUUCGGCCACUUCUUUGAUGCAACCAUUGUGAACAUGGAUCCAGACCAGGCUUUCCACGAGCUGCGCAGGCUGAUAGACAAGUUGGACACUGAGCCACAGUGGGUGCCCACCUCCUGGCUGUGCUAGACGUCACGGGGUGUCACUGCACAGAGCCUCAGGUAAUAGGAGUGGGAAAAAUGAAUGUUCCUGGAGAUUUAAAAAUGAAGGAUGGACAGUGGUGAUUGUCACAGGAUUUUCACUUGCACAUUCUCCUCGUUUAUAGAAGAGGUGAUGUUCACCACAUGUUGCAGGGAUGGACUCAAGUUUCUUACAAUUCUUUAUGUUCUGUGUGUGUGUGCGUGUGCGUGCGUGCGCGCACGGGGGUGGGUGGAUGUGUGUGGGUGUCUCAUUAUGAGUGAUUUUUUUCUGUUUGUUCAUUGUUGAUCUCAGUUGUAUGCAAAGUCAUCUAUCAAACACAUAGAAAUGUUUCUAUCCUAUCUUAAUAGUUAUUUAUAAUUGUAAAUAUAUAUUUUCUAGACAAAAGGAUCAAAUAUUUUAUUGUUAUUGUGUGUGUGUGUGUGUGUGUGUGUGUGUGUGUGUGUGUGUGUGUGUGUGUGUGUGUGUGUGUGUGUGUGUGUGUGUGUGUGUGUGUGUGUGUGUGUGUGUGUGUGUGUGUGUGUGUUGUACAAAAUGGUACACUCAACUGGGAUGGUGUUAUUGUCACAAUUGUUAAAUAGCUUUCUGAUGAAGCAGUAAGGUACCACACAGAAGAGAAGCACUUGUGCUUGGAGUGGCUGCAGUGUAACAUCUUCCAUUCAGAAACACAGAACAAUAUGCUGUAACCUGCACAGUUUUGGGCUACUUCUUCUACACCAGUGUCAGUAUUAUUUCAUUGUCUCAUUUACGCUGUGAUAACAGACCUCAAAUCUAUCUAAGGUAUUGUCUCUAGCUGGUUAUUGUUACUAUUAGUAAAUCAUGCUGCAAAGUACUGCUGCGAUUGUAUUUUUCUACCAGUAUUGUAUGAACAAAACAUCUUGGUGUAACUCAAACAAAUACGGGAUUGCUUCCUUGCAGAGUACAUAUUAAAUAAUAAGCACAAUUCUGGAAAAGUGUUAAUAAAAUCAGAUACAUAUGUGAACAAGU